UAAAGUUCAUCAUCAACAUCGUUCAGUCAAAUGGGAUAAAAGCCCCAUGAUCGACAAUUCUGGGGAGUUUCAGUCCGCGCCGAAAUACGCCCGUUCCUUCAGUGUGAAUCCCACCCUUACCACUUCCCCCCCUACAAGAGAAGAGAUCCCUUCGUUGCAAGAGCUGGAUGUGUCACCAGCUGACGUGUACUCAAAUGGCAUGAUCAUCCCUGACAUCACCCACUUGCUGGAUCCCACACCUGAGCCUGGCAGAGAGCCAGUGACAGAAACCCUUCCCGCAACUCACACCACAUUUUUAUCUCCCGCCUCCCCGACUCUGCCCUCCAUGGAGCUGGCAUUGACUUUGCUGGAUGACCCAGCUGCCCAGGAGUCUGAGGAAAUACCCUCAGAAAGAAAUGAUGUGUCUGAUCCACUGGCACUGAUUGACUCCAGUUUAGCAGCGAUCCGCUCAUGCUCUCCACCCUCACCAGACCUGGACAAUUUCAGCAAGAUCUUUACCCCUGACUGCCACAUCUCUGCUGUUAAAGACUCCAACACAAAAACCGAGAGCAAACAGAGAAGCCAGAAUGAAGCAAACACGUUACCUCACGCCAACACAGUUACACAGCAGCAGCAGAGCCUGCAACAAAAUGCAGACCCGGAGCAGGAGCGCUACGAUAGUGGAGAGUAUUCGGAUAUAUUACCAUCCCUUCUGCAACUGGCGCAGGAAGCAUCCAGCCUAUCCUUCAGCAAUCAGCAAAAUGUGGCUUCUCUUGGACAGGAAAUCUCACACACAUAUGCCAGCCCACACAGAGAGCAGAUACAUUUAGGCUAGAAAAGGGAAGACUGAAA